AUGCCUUCCCUGCUGCUAUUGCUCCUUCUCGCUGCCAGCCUGACAGCCACCGCACGGGCUGCUAACAUCAUCAAAUUCAUCAACCACUGCACCUACCCCAUAUACUUCUUCGAGGUUGGAAACGGUUUCGCUGGUGAAGACCACCAGGCUGUUACCGUGCCGAGUGGCGGAUUCGUAAUCCACCAGCUGCUAAACACCGACGGCGCGCAGGGUGGCAUGUCCAUCAAAGUCCGCGACGUCCCCGAGUACCGAGUGGCUCCAGCCGGGAUUCUGCAAGCAGAGUACAAUCUCCAUUCUUCUGCUACGGGGACGCUGUGGUACGAUCUCAGUCUGGUUGAUUGUGACAAAGGUGCCGAGGCGACCAGUCCUCGCUUCUGCCCCCUUAUCCAAGGGGGAGUGAAGAUGUUUGUGCCUGGUCACGAACACAAGGGAUGUCGUACGGCAUCUUGCGAUCAUACAGGGUGCAAGAAUGCUUACUUGGAGUCUGGACCUAAACCUGGUGACCCCACACUAAGCUGUGAUGCUGGUGCGGACAUUCACUUUGAGACGUGCGUUAAUAGCGUUGGUCCAAUGACCAUUCUUGACAAACCGAAUCCAAAUCACGGAUCAGAGCAAGGCUCUCUUCAAAUAUCUCCAGAUGCCGCUUUGUUUACGGACAAUGCUGCUCGCAAUAUGACAAUUGUGGCAGCAGCGUGCUCCUAUCACGCCUCUGAGAGUGAAGAAGUCACGCCAGGGUGGGAUUCUGAAUGGUUGACGAGACUUCCGUUGCCCAAUGGCCUCCUCGCAAGUUUCCAGGCCUAUGAGCACUUCAGCCAGACGCCUGAUUGCAUGAUCCGAGCCUCUCUUUCACAGGUCUCUGUUUCUUCUUCAACGCAACCCCAGCUGGGCUCCGUCAAUAUGCCUCCCAUACCAAGUAUCGCAACACAAGGGAUUCAAAACAUGCGGUCUGCCGAGUCGAAGCAUAAUGGCACCCCAACAACCAACGAGACACCCUGUUCCAGCCCUGCUAUGCUAUGCUGUUCGAGUUUCGACGCCAAAGACGCGAAACGGAAUCUCUCGCACCUUGGAUGGGGUGGUGUGGGAGGUUGGAGUUUGCGCAUUAUGCUGGAUGCUGGGUGCGAGAUGUGGGAUGUGGGGACAUGCACGGAGAUACUGUUGGGAUACUUCUCUGUCCUGUCCAGUCAUGUUGAAAAUUCAUUCAUCAUCUUCAUCUUCAUCUUCAUCUUCAUCUUCAUCUUCAUCUUCAUCUUCAUCUUCAUCUCUAUCUAUCCCUCCCCUCGCCCAGCCAGCCCUCCAGACCCGUAA